GGGUUGCGUCCAUGCAGCUCUACUAAUUAGUUUACUAAGGCUCAGUGUGACAUUUUCAUCGGUACAGUAAGUCGUUCGAACGCGAUUGCUCCGAAAGGAACCGUUAACCAUUUUACUUCUGUGAUAACGUGAUUAAUUCGAACGGAAACUCUCGUUAAUACACCGUCAUGGAGGACGUUCAACUGAGCAAGGACCAAAUUGCGCAAUUGAAAAUGGGUUUCGAUGCCUUCGACCCGGACAAGAAGGAAGCCAUUAACACGGAUAUGGUCGGUACCAUUCUUGGAAUGAUGGGUAUGAAGAUCCCAUCAGAACAAUUAAAUGCAGUCAUCGCCGAAUUCGAUCCUUUCGGAUCCGGAGAAUUGAAUUUCCAAGAAUUUUGCCAACUGGCGUCCCGGUUCAUGGAGGAGGACACGGACACCGAGGCGAUGCAGCAGGAGCUGAGAGAAGCUUUCCGGUUGUACGACAAGGAAGGAAACGGUUAUAUCACCACGGACGUGUUUCGGGACAUCCUCCACGAGCUGGACGACGCGCUGUCCCCCGAAGAGCUCGAUAUGAUCAUCGAGGAGGUGGACACUGAUGGAUCUGGCACACUCGAUUUCGAAGAAUUCAUGGAGGUCAUGACAGGCUAAAUUAUCAGCUUGGCAACGAGCAACCGUGGUCCCUCGUGUCGGCCACGUCCACGAGAAACGGACCCGCCGCCUGUUCAACACGUGGCGACUGCAAUUUAUCGGCGGUGCAUGUGCCGUUGGCAAAGUAUGAAGUUAAAGGUUCGUAGGUGAUGUCUGGUACGGACGGGAACGCGACGUCGCCGGGCCUGUGCUCGUAUAGCUGUGAAAGUAUUUCUGCCGGUUACCGUCGCUUUUCGAGUCACAAUCGGCUAAAAUGUAUUUCUAACUAUGCCGGAAUUAACCGGGACGCCGGGUCGCUGGCGUCGCGUCGGGGACGGGUUUAUAUUGACGAAUAUAAAUCGAUGUACCCAUGGUGUUGCGCUUCCCCCUAUCUGCGAACAGAAUUUUUCUCUUCGCACGAUUUGGUCGAUGAAAAUGGAUGAUAGAUUUGAAUACGGCGACACGGCUGGUCGUGAUCAGAUCCGGAAGUUUGAUAUGGCGACGAAUAGUGGAUACUUAAGAUUGGGAUGAUCGUGUUUGGAAAUUUUGUACUUUGCCUGCGAGAUGUACUGUUCUUCGAAAGUGAUGAUACUCAUAAAUAACGUACCAUUGAACUGUGACUAUACUAACGAUGUACUAAUGAGGGUAAUCUGAGAUUAAAGGAAAAAAAUAAUAAAACAGCAAAAAAAUAGCAUAAGAAA